AUGUUGGCUUCGAGGGUGUUCAGCCUCGUUGGGAAGAGAGCCAUUUCCACCUCCGUCUGCCUGAGAGCCCACGGGCACGCUGGCGUCGUCAAAGCAGACGAUUUCAGCCUCCCGGCCUACGUCGACCGUCGGGAGGUUCCCCUGCCCGACGUGGCCUUCGUCAGGGAUCUCUCUGCUCAGCAGAAGGCGCUGAAAGAGAAGGAAAAGGCGUCCUGGACCGCUCUGUCCCUCGAUGAGAAAGUGGAACUGUAUCGUAUCAAAUUUAACGAGAGCUACGCGGAAAUGAACAGGGGAACGAACGAGUGGAAGACCGUCCUCGGCGGGGUGCUGUUCUUCCUCGGGGUCACCGGGCUCAUCCUCAUCUGGCAGAAACAUUACA